CAAAUGUAAGGAUAUAUUUUGUAGUAAAUGGUUGUAAAGCUAGCUUGCAAAAUAAUAAAAGUAAGUUGUUGCCCGUAUCCUUUGAACUACCCUCUGAAAAAAAUCUUAAUAUAUUGUAAACGGACUUUGACCUUGAGCUCGACCUGGGUGACUAACAUUGAAAACCACUACAAUCGUUUUCAAAUUUUCUUCAUUAUGAGGUCAGCUACAUCUAAAAUGCAUUAUAACAUACAAUAUACUCCAUGUCUAAUAUAG